AUGUGGACUCCACUGUUGUUUGGAAUAAUUUUCAAUUUCUUGUCGGAGACCAUCGUGGAAGGGAAACAUUUGGGAUGCUACCAUGAAUGUGAACAUGGGUUCAACAAAGUCCAGCAAAAGCUGCUUCGCGCCUUGCGUGCAACCAACAAACACGCGCCUCUGCCGCCUGUUAAUCAUGCAGCAGACUCCUGCCCGGCUUUCUUGAGCGAGCUGACGCGUCAUGAGCGGUCUUCACUGGGGCACAAUAAGCGCUCACUCGCCCCCUGGCGGAUAAGAACUGUGCAUAAGCCAGACAUGUUGCCCCCAACAUAUGAAGAAGCAGAGUGUUUGUGUGAAGGAUGCAUCAUUAACGGCACUGAAGACAGGACCUACAACUCUGUGCCUGUGGAGGAAAAUAGAUUAUUUCUGAAAAAGGUCAAGUGUCCAUUUGAUGAGAACAAAUACUCUUUAGAGUAUGAAUAUGUGAAAGUAACUGUGGCCUGUACCUGUGUGGUACCUAAGCAUUGAUCUCUUAAAGAGGACAAUAUUGACAAAAAAACAAAAGUGUAGAGACUUGUCUCAUAUACUGUGUCGUGUUUGUUUUGAAAUGCGAUUUUUGUAUGCUUAUAUUAAUGAGCUUUUAAUGUUGCAUGUGUCACGACUUAUUUUUUAGCUUUAAACCAACAUGGUCUUUCUUGAAUGGAAAGCAUAUUUGUAUUAUUGUAAAACACUACUUUAUCUUGGCUUUUAAUUUAUUUAUAUAAUAAUUUAUUGACUAUUUAUUAAACUUUUAUGUCUGCGAAUAUGAAUCUUGUGCCUGACUUGCCAUUUUGAAUCAA